ACUUAUAGAAUUCCCUACAUUAUAAUUUAACAGGAGGAUUCAAAUUUAUUUAUAUUCACACCAAAAUUUAAUAAAUCAUGUUUGGAUUAAGCAACUCCUAUCCGAAGUCCAUAGUCUCGGGGUUGAAAAUGCAUGUCUUCCCCUAAAACCCUAAUUUCGUUGCAAAACCCUGCAUUUUCCCAAUUACUAAUGGAGGACUCGGAGGGAGUUCUCAGCUUCGAUUUCGAGGGCGGCCUUGACGCCGCCGCCGCCACCACCAACCCUGGCACCGCCUCCGGGCCCCUGAUCCAAUCCGAUCCAUCUGCCGGUGCUGCCGCAAACCCUGGAGCUGUCGGGCCGACUGCUCCCACCGAUCCCUCGGUCCCCGGCGUCAACCCCGCCAGUCGGCGGAGCUUCCGACAGACGGUGUGCCGGCAUUGGCUCCGCAGCCUCUGUAUGAAAGGCGACGCUUGCGGCUUCCUCCACCAGUAUGACAAGUCGCGGAUGCCCAUAUGCCGGUUUUUCCGCAUGUUCGGAGAGUGCCGCGAGCAGGACUGCGUCUAUAAGCAUACCCACGAAGAUAUCAAAGAGUGCAACAUGUACAAGUUAGGUUUUUGUCCAAAUGGUCCUGACUGCCGGUACAGACAUGCAAAGCUGCCUGGCCCUCCACCUCCUGUAGAAGAAGUCCUUCAAAAGAUUCAGAAUUUAAAUUCUUAUAAUUACAACACUUCAAAUAAGUUUUUCCAACAACGGAAUGCUGGGUUUUCCCAACAAGCAGAAAAACCCCAGCUUGCGCAAGGCUCCACUGCCGUCAAUCAAGGUGUGGUUGGAAAGCCUUCGGCUAUGGAGUCUACAAAUGCCCAGCAGCAGCAACAGGUUCAACAGUCUCAACAACAGAUUGGCCAGAACCCGAUAGUAAAUGUUCCCAACGGCCUGCCUAAUCAGGCCAACAGAACUGCAUCACCUCUGCCUCAAGGAAUAUCUAGGUAUUUCAUCGUUAAGAGUUGCAACCGUGAAAAUCUGGAAUUAUCAGUUCAACAAGGAGUUUGGGCUACUCAAAGAAGCAAUGAAGCUAAACUAAAUGAAGCUUUCGACUCUACCGAAAAUGUGAUCUUGAUUUUCUCAGUCAACCGAACUCGGCAUUUCCAGGGUUGUGCAAAGAUGAUGUCCAGAAUUGGUGGGUCUGUUAGUGGAGGGAAUUGGAAAUAUGCACAUGGAACUGCACAUUAUGGUCGGAAUUUCUCAGUCAAAUGGUUAAAGUUAUGUGAGCUGUCUUUCCACAAGACUCGUCAUCUGAGGAAUCCGUUCAACGAGAACUUACCAGUGAAGAUAAGUAGAGACUGUCAAGAGCUAGAGCCCUCCAUUGGUGAACAGCUGGCUUCACUUCUUUAUCUUGAGCCAGAUAGCGAACUUAUGGCAAUUUCCAUUGCAGCAGAAUCCAAAAGGGAAGAGGAAAAAGCGAAGGGAGUGAAUCCAGACAAUAGUGGGGAAAACCCAGACAUUGUCCCAUUUGAGGACAAUGAAGAGGAGGAAGAGGAGGAAAGUGAAGAUGAGGAAGAGAGCUUAAGCCAGGUUCCUGGGGCAGCAAAUCAGGGUCGAGGAAGAGGCAGAGGAGUCAUGUGGCCCCCUCACAUGCCACUGGCUCGUGGAGCCAGACCUAUGCCUGGGAUGCAAGGCUUUCCUCCUGUGAUGAUGGGUGCUGAUGGGUCACCUUAUGGACCUGUUACACCUGAUGGAUUUGCGAUGCCUGAUCUUUUUGGAGUGGGCCCUCGUGCGUUUAAUCCAUAUGGUCCAAGGUUUUCUAGUGAUUUUAUGGGGCCUUCAUCUGGCAUGAUGUUUCGGGGGCGACCUACACAACCUGGUUCUGUGUUUCCAGGCAAUGGAUUUGGGAUGAUGAUGGGUCCUGGACGUGCUCCAUUUAUGGGAGGGAUGGGGGUUCAAGGUACAAAUCCGAACCGAGCUGUUCGGCCAGGUGGUAUGCCUCCGAUGUUUCUGCCACCCCCUCCACUGUCAUUGCAAAACACCAAUCGUGUUACGAAGAGAGAUCAAAGGGGGCCAGCUAAUGAUCGUAAUGAGAGGUUCAGUGUAGGGUCAGACCAACUCAAGGGUCAGGAAGGUCAAGCUGGUGGACCAGAUGAUGAGGCACAUUAUCAACAAGGAUUAAAGCCUCACCAAGAAGACCAAUAUGGUGCUGGAAACAGCUUUAGAAAUGAUGAAAGUGAGAGCGAGGAUGAGGCACCAAGGCGAUCAAGGCAUGGGGAGGGAAAGAAGAAGCGGCGAGGCUCUGAAGGGGAUGGUGCCACUGGCUCUGAUCACUAGUGGGAUUUCACUGGCUAAAUAGCAGCUGAAACAUGGGAUGCCACCAACCACGGAAAGCUAUUUUCCCUUGUAGGCACAGCUGCUUCUUUAGAAAUCAUUUGGGGUGCUAGAGGAAAUUUUAGGUGGUGAACAGUUUUUCAGGUCCAUCAACAACUUUCCCUCUUUCCCUCUUUCCCUCUCUCAUCAUUCAAAUUAUGUCGGUGGACUUUAUAUUUCUGUAACUAUAUGUGAAGGCUUUUCAAAGAAAAUUGAAGAGCAGGAUUGAUAUUCCCAACUUAUUUGUAAAGAUCUCACACCAUCACAUAUUUAAUUAAUAUGGUACACUGUGCGACUUUAUAUGAGAAAA